CAGUCUGACAGACAGGCGGAGCGGCGCGCUGUUUUUACGCAUAGCCUCCAGUCCCGCGAGGCGCCGUGGACGUCGUUUAGUGGCCGUGUCGCGCACUCAACGAGAGGACGCCGGAGCGCUCCGCUCUCUGAAAGCUGGGAUAUCUGAGUUUAAAGUAAAAAAAAAAAAAAGACAACUUAAAACUGUGACUUGUUUGGAGACGCGGACCGAUUUGACGCAUGGACAUUUUGAGCCUAAGAGAGAUAUUUUGAAGCACAUGUCAGCUUUUUCCCCCCCACUUUGAACCUCGGUCUGAUCCGAGACCAGCUGAUAUGUGAAAGAAGAAGACGACGUCGUCCCCGUGUCUGGUCCCCACGUGAAGGGAGCGCGCGAAGAAGCCUCGGCUCGGACGUAUCGACCUUGACUUUAAAGAGACGCACAACACGUUGAGAGAAAGUUCCCGCGUUGUUAUUUACACAUUAACCAUAGGAGCUGUUUGGAGGCAAGACUGAACAGGUUACUGGAGGUGCUGGGACGCCGCGUGGAGCGCAGGAUUUUGGCCGCGUAGAAACGGAGGAGGUGGCGCCUCUCGCUGUUAAAGUCCAUGGAUUCUUCACGCUCGCCUCAGCCUCAGAGGAGACAGCCUGCUCGAAACACUCGCAAGUUGCCGUGACAGCGAGGCGCAGAACAUGACGCACCGCAGCGUAUGGAUCGGCCGAGCCACGCGCGUCGCCCCGCGCGGACGACGCGGCGCUCCUGUCCCCGGUGCGCACUGGGAGCCGAGCGUGGCGCACGGAGCAGCGGGUGGGACCAGAUGGAGGCUGUGGAGGCAGGAGGGCACGGCAGUGAUGUCGGCAGAGACCAAGGUGCUGCUGUGGGUGCUCCUCUCUCUGCUGCCCCUGGUGGACGGAGCUCACGUGAAGGCCGGGGCCGGUGCAGCCCGUGUGGGAUCCGAGCCGGGCCGCGCCGUGGGCCUGCUGGGAGGUCCGGAGGAGAGAGAGCCUCCGGUGGCGCUGCCGGAGGUGGUGGAGGACGAGGAGCAGGAGGGCGACGGCGACCCUUACUCCACUUGGCACGCUUUCUAUGACCCCUUUGUGAUGGAAGAGGUGCAUGAUCCCAGUAGCCGCUGGGCGGGACGCUCGCCGCGCUCCUCUGACCCCACGGAACCUCAGCCCAAGGGAUCGCCGAAGAAAAAGAAGAAGAGGAAGAGGAAAGAAAAGGAGGAAGAGGCGGCGAGAAGAGAUAACAGGGGCAGCGGUAAAAGCAGGCCAAAGCAGAGCAGCAGGGACUGCCGCGUGGAGAAGAGGGAGAUGAGGGUCCGGGACCUGGGCCUGGGCUUUGACUCGGACGAGAUCGUCCUCUUUAAGUUCUGCGUGGGCUCGUGCCAGUCGUCCCGGACCAACUACGACCUGGCGCUGAAGACGCUGCUGGAGAACGGCUCGCUGCCGCGGCGCAGGGUCAGCAGCCACCCCUGCUGCCGGCCCGACCGCUACGAGUCCGUCUCCUUCAUGGACGCCCAGACCACGUGGAGGACCAUCCAGUCGCUGUCAGCUGCCAGCUGCAUGUGCAUGGGCUGACGGAACGGAGGCCGGUAGCGCUUCCAAGAGGCUCAGGGGGCGAGGACGCUCCCGAGGGCGAGCUGUCACUGGGCCCCGGAGCAGAGGGCGGCUUCCUGUGGCGCGAUUCUAGUUCUGGAACAAGAGUGCGGAUGUCAAAAUAAGAGCGUGAGGGGAUUUAUCCCUCAUCAGAGGAAGAAGUGCUACAUGUAACCAACAGACCAGCUGUUAAUCGCAGAGAUUUGAUUUGACUUAAAGGCUGAAGCUGAAGAGAAGACACAGUCAGGGGCUGACGCUGCAUCAUGCUCCGACUCAGACCACGUUCGCUAUUACUCACAGUGAAGCCAGCUCCUAAUAAAAGCUCAGUAUAGUUUUUUUUUUUACACACAAACAGGGACAUUGCAUUGAAUUGUGAACUCAGCCAAAUGGAUGCCAUGCAUCUUCAUGUAUUACUGUAUAAAAGUAAAAGAUAUUUAUUUCUGAUAAAUUAUUUAUUUAUUAUAGCUUCAUAUGAGAGCUGAUUUUAUGAACCCAUUCAUGUAUAUAGAUAUCUAUUUAUUUCCCAGGUUCAAAUUUCAUGUUGGCAGUUACUUCCUCUCACAUACGGUUGAUGUUUUCUUUUGAAGGUGCUUCUUCUCACACUUAUUACACCUCAUGCCGUAAACCUGGGCUUAGGUGGCUGAUUAGGAAGGAAUCAAUAACAAGGAUUCCUCAUUUGUUGUUGGUAUUUAAUUAAGAAAAAAAAAACUCAGCUUCUCUGUUCAGUCUUAACACAAACGUGUGAUAGAAAAGCAAAUGUACCUGUACUGAAAUGCUGUGGUGGUGUGAUUUACAUGUAUCACCUCGCAGGCUUGUGUCUAGCAGCAGAUCCCUAGUUUGAUGGUUAAUUCUGCGUGAUGAUAUUAGCUUUUCCUCAUUGAAUCAGAAGGUCAGUUUUGAAUGUCCAUGGUGUGUGUGAGUGUCUCAUAGUAUAUAAUCAAGCAACAGAAACAUUUCAGGACCUCAACAUUUCUUAUUAAAAGUGAUUGAAUACGUGUACCAU